CGUUGGUGUGUCGUAGUUUAUUGCCGCGUUCACGUUGCGAUUAAUCUGUGACAUUAUCGUCUGUGAUCUCGUCAGGUUUUGUGAUUAAGAACAUUGAGUUUGUUUGGAGUUUAUUUUUAUCCAGAAAAUAAAUAUUUUUGUUGUGAUGGGUGUAUCGGAAGGUUCAUCGACCCCCGAGCUGCACGAGGACGAGGAGCUGCCGCGCCGCAAGCAGCGCCGCUACCGCACCACCUUCACCAGCUACCAGCUGGACGAACUGGAGAAGGCGUUCGGCAGAACCCACUACCCUGAUGUAUUCACCAGAGAGGAAUUGGCGCUGAAAAUAGGACUAACUGAAGCAAGAAUUCAGGUGUGGUUCCAGAACCGUCGCGCGAAGUGGCGCAAGCAGGAGAAGGUGGGUCCCCACGCGCACCCGUACAGCGGCUACCUGAGCCAGCCGCUGCCGGCGCCGUCGCUGUCCACCCCGCUCACCCAGCUUAGUUUCGGCUUGAGGAAGCCGUUUGACAACGCCCUAGCGUCUUUUAGGUACGCAGGCACCCCCUUAUUCGGCGCCCAGUAUCUGCCGUCUCUUUCUCGCCCCCCACUAUUCGGCGCGCCUCUCUACCCGGCGUCGCACGCGCACUUCCACUCGCUCUUCGCUAACCUCGCCGUACCCGAGUUACCCCGAGUCUCACCCGAGUCCACCCGAGUGUCUCCCGAAGUCACCCGAUCGCCAGCUCCGUCUAUCUCGCCCCCUAUUUCCCCCGGAAGCGAGUCUUUGCCCCCCCAACCGGAGGACAUGAGGAGUUCCAGCAUCGCGGCUCUAAGAAUGGCGGCGCGAGAGCACGAGAUGAAGCUCGAAAUAUUGAGACAGAGAGCUGACUUGAUUUGUUGAUAGUGCUUUUGUUGUUAAUGGAUUAUAAAUU